CAGACUGAGCAACGUUUAGUCAAGUUUCGGUGGCCAACGUGUGCGUUCAUACAUAAUCACAUUGCCGUAAUGUGUACGUCGUGUGUUAUAAAAGUGCUGAUUACGGCAAUGGCGUUGGGAUUGACAACAACAAUAGCAACGUCAAUACCGACGCCAUCGCCAUUGGUUCAUAUGCCAUCUGCUCGAUCGCUGAGACUUCCAAACGAUACAUAUCCAUUGGGUUAUUUGCUUCACAUCAGCACCAAUAUUCAUUUGGGCGAUUGGCAAUUUAAUGGUAGCGCCACCAUAGACAUUGAGAUUAGGCGCUCGACUAAUGAAAUUGUGCUUCACGCCAAGAACUUGAGUGAUAUUGAGAUAACGCUGCGGUUGCUAGACAAUGACAGGCCUGACGAUGUUGGUGAACUUGUCGAUGAUUUGACCCACACAUACGAUCCGCAAGGCACAUUUCUUGUCAUCCAUCCCCGCGAGAACUAUCAGGCCUUUGAGGCUGGCCAACGCUAUCGUCUCGAAAUACUCUAUACGGGCAUAAUGGGUACACGUCCCAAUGGAUUGUAUUGGAUGCCGUAUGAGGAUUCAAACACAAAUGAGACAACCUACGUGGCAGCUACGCAAGCGGAGCCUACCUACGCACGCCUCAUCUUUCCCUGCUACGAUGAACCCGCCUUUAAGUCGAACUAUACUAUAAAGCUGACGCACAGCAGCAGCCUGAAUGCCGUCUCCAAUAUGCCUGUUGCGCAGAUACAAAAUCAGGGCGUUAAUGAUGAUCUCAUUGAGCACAGCAACCUGACAACAACCACUUUCCAGACUACACCGCCCAUGUCCACAUAUUUGGUGGCAUUUGUAAUCUCAAAUUUCGAAUCCAUCUCGGAGGCACAUCGUGGGGUCACUCAGAGUAUUUACUCUUCACCAACCAGAAAGAGUACGGGUCGUCGUGCCUUAAACAAUACCAUAUUGACGGUGGCCAAGCUAGAGGAUUACUUUGGCGUUAGCUACUCGCUGCCCAAGCUGGAUCAUGUGGCGCUAAAGAAGAAUCAGGGUGCUGCCAUGGAGAAUUGGGGUCUGAUCACCUUCAAAGAGGACAAUGUGCUGGAGCAGCAUCGCAAGGAUGAGUACAAAAUAACAAAGGAACGAUUAAUAGCGAAUCACGAGAUAUCGCAUCAAUGGUUUGGAAAUCUCGUAUCUCCCGAAUGGUGGACUUAUGUCUGGAUGAACGAAGGAUUCGCCACGUAUUUUGGCUAUGUUGUUACUGAUUUGAUCUAUCCGAACGAUCAUGUCAUGGAUAUAUUCCUUAGAGAUGAGGCAGAGUAUGCCUAUAGCGACAGCAGUUUAUUUCCAGCACGUCCGAUGACCCACUACGUGGAGACUGAACCAGAUAUUAUGAAUGUCUUCGAUGUCAUCAGCUAUAAGCGCGCUGCGUGCGUUAUCAAGAUGUUCCAUCAUGCCUUCCAUCAGAAGACUUUUGUCAGUGGGAUUAGAACAUACCUGAAUAAAUUCCAAUACAGCGUUGUCAAUGAACUGGAUCUCUUCGAUUCCCUGCAGUCGGCACUUCUGAAGGAUGAUCGCUUUCAACAACAGACAUGGGUGCAUAUGGUUCGCGAAAUAAUGCUUUCGUGGACACACAGCGAAUCGUUACCCGUUGUGACGGUGAUAAGGAACUAUGAGAAUGAUACCAUCACCUUUAGACAGAAUCCGGUUCACUCCAAGAACGAACUGUGGUGGAUACCACUGAACUUUGCCACAGUUCUUACGCCCAGCUUUGAGCACACACAUGUGGAGUACUUUAUGCCACCGAUGAGUGAGCAUACUGUAAGCUUUAAUGAGCUGCACUUGGAGUUGGGUGGACGGGACUGGCUGAUUGUGAAUAAACAGCAGACGGGCUUCUAUCAUGUGAUCUAUGAUAUGGACAAUCUCCUGGCGAUCGCCCGGCAACUUCAGCGUAACCACUCGGUCAUUCAUCUACGAAAUCGCGCAGCUCUUUUCCAAGAUUUAGCGCCGUUGGUCUCAAACAAUGAAAUCGAAUCGAUGGACGUGUUUUUCGAGUUGCUGAAGUAUUUGGAAUUUGAAGAUCAAGUGAUGCCCUGGACUCGUGCAUCCAGCACUAUUAAUUUUCUGUUCCAGGCGCUCUAUGAUACAACCUCGAUUUCUUUAUUUAAUCAAUUUAUGCGCCGCCUGAUAGCCUCAUCGUUCCAGCGCCUAUUGCGGCUCCUUGAAUCUGGCGAGUCGCCAUUGGAAUUUCUGUCAUUUGAAGAUUUUUUGCAUAUCGCUUGUAGGGCUGAAAUACCUGAAUGUCUGAUCUAUACGCAAAAGCUGGCCCACGAUUAUAUUUUCAAAAAUUCGAGUUUGGAGGUCGACUACCCCGACUACUACUUUGCAAUGCAUGAUGUUAUCCUUUGCAUGGGUUUGCGGCACCAGAGCUAUGAGGAAUUUGAAAAACUUUUAAGUGUGCUCAAGACUACGCAACCGGAUUCAAUGUUAUACGAUGAUCUGAUCUAUGCUUUGCGUUGCACACAAAAUCGACAACAUAUGCUGCACUAUCUGACCAUGUUAGUUGGCGACAACUUCACAUAUUCAAUAAUGAAUGAAAAAGACUUUAUGAAUUACGUUAUCUAUUUGUUUAAAACAAAUGCGGCAUCACGGCCCGUGAUCUGGCAUUUCAUUGACGGCAACUACAAAAUGCUCUCGCGAUCGACUCAUUUUGUGCAGCUCUUCAACGAGAUUGCCGAAUAUGUGCCAGAAAGUCAAAGGGCACGAUUUGCGGUUCUGCAUAGCAAGAUCGAAGUGUACCUACAAUCAGAAAAGAUCACUCCGAAAGUUCCAUUGAUUGAUAAAGACUCCAGUCAUGUGGGCAAAAAGAUGAAAAACAAAGAACAGUUUGUGGAAAGAUUUGAGCAUCAGAUACACAAGUGGCUGCUCAACGAAUUACCUCAACCGGACAACAGAGAUUACUAUGCCGCAUCUCUCAGCGUAGGAAAUGGCUCAGAUCGUCCGGGUGGACUUUUAAGGACUGCCAGUAAAAUGCUAAAAAGUGCAUUUGGAACGAAUAUAUCAUUGUAGCAAUUGAUUUGACACAUAGCCAAUGUUUGUAUUAAGAUUCUUACUAUUAAGGUGAAAGUUAACUAAAAUAAAUUAAACAAA